AUGAGCAGCAGAAAGGCCGCAGCUAGAUCCGCCUUGGCUAGACUCAAGGCAAAGAGAGAGGGUGGUGGUGGUGGUGGUGGUGGUGGAGCGACCAGUAGCAAGGUUUCGGAUGGCGUGAGUAGAGAGAGAGGAUGAGAUGCUGUUCGAUGACACCGCAUACAAGCUGCACUGACGCGCCAUCCGCUCUCACAUCCCCCCCUCAGUCCGACUCUGAUCGCGUGUACGAUGAGGUGUCAGAGGAUGAGUAUGCUAGCGCGGUUCGCGGUCGCAUGAUGGAGGAUGAUUUCAUCGAAGAUGACGAUGGAGGCGGCUACAUGGAUGAUGGACGCGACGUGUUUGAGAACGAGGAGGGAGGCGCAUACGAGUCGGAUACGGAGGAUGAGGCUGAAUACUACGAGAGGACUGGCAGGCGCAAGCCCAAAAAGGGCACAAAGGCUGCUGCUGCCGCCAAUGCCGCGGCCAAGAAGACAUCCGUCGCAUCCGCAUACACCAAUCAAGCUGCUUCUGCUCGGAAAAAGCCAGCACGACCCACGCUCGGCGCUCGCUCUGCCUUUCUGGGUGACAGCAGUAGCAGCAGGCCUGCCAUGCGCACGACUGAAAAGGAGGAAGACUUUAUGCAAAGGCUCAUCGGCGGCCUUCAACCCGGCAACGAGCCCCCGACUCCCAGUCCUGCUUCCAGAGUGUCCCUCGCCCCCCCUCAGCAACCGCAUCAUCAGGCUCGCAAGCGUCCUAGGGGCGACUUUAGCGCAUUCCGCCCCAGCUCUGCUGCGCGAGAGAGCAGCCCUAGCAGCGGGGCUCCUUCAUCAGAUCCACCCGAGCUGGCAGAUCUAAUGCCCGGAGCUCAUGUGCACAUCUCUGGCAGCGACUCUCCCCCUUGGGACACGGCUGCCAACGAGGAUCAAGAGCAUCACGGCUUGCCCGCUCACAAACGCCCAAAAUCCACCAAGGCAACUGCAGGACUGCCUCAGUCUGUCAACGCCAUCUCUCUGCACGUGCAGGCCGCGCCAGCCAUGAUGGACGUCGAUGGAGAUGCAGAAGAUGAAGAUGACGAUGACGGGUUCUCUAUCAGGACCAACAAGGCUGGCGCGAGGGCACCCAUCGUGAAUGUAGCUGCCAAGCGGGCACUUGCGACUCCGCCCAGCAGACCCGUGGCACCCCACGUAGCGCACCUCGACGAGCCUCAGCCCCCUUCCACGCCCCACACUUCUUGGCAAAAUGUCGGAGCGAAGCUCAGCAAGGUCACCUCUGCGCCUGCCCCCGAAACGCCAGCGCCGAGUCGACCAGCAGUUGCGGCUCGAGGCAAGAGCAGCGCGGCAGUGCCAAGCACGCCAGCUACACCUGCAUCCACCAAGACUAUCAAUGCUUUCGAGAGCGAUGGCAGGAGUGUACGCUUCUACUGGUUGGACUGGGUCGAGCAACAAGGCAGCGUCUUCUUGACGGGCAAAGUCAAGAAUCGCGAUACGGGCAAGUGCGUCAGCGCUACGCUGGAUGUGCAAGGCGUGGAGCGUUGCGUCUAUCUGCUGCCCAAGGUGAAGCUUGACGGUACUCGCUGCGACGAGGACGAGGUGUACGACGAAUUCGACAAUAUGCGAAGCAAGUACGGUAUCAAGAACUUCCUUGCCAAGUGGGUCACGCGCAAGUACGCGUUCGAGGUGCCUGGCGUGCCCGUAGAGACGGAGUACCUCAAGAUCAAGUAUGGCUUUGACGAGCCAGAGCUUCCAGCGGAUAUCUCUGGUGCGACGUUUAGCCGCGCUUUUGGCACCGCGACAAACGCAUUCGAGCUGUUCGUCGUCAAGCGAGGCAUCAUGGGUCCCUGCUGGCUGAAUGUGCGAGAUGCUCAAAUUCGCACAGAUGGACCCGAGCUCAGCUGGACGAAGAUCGAAUUCCAAGUGGAUGAGCCAAAGUCGGUCAGCCCUUUCAAAGAUGACGACGAGACUGCACCUCGCGAAGCACCUCCCGUCACCGUCAUGAGCUUGGCUGGCAGGACAGUGAUGAAUCACGAAGCGAAUAAGAGGGAAGUUGUCUGCGUUUCUGCGCAGACUUGGCGGGAUAUGCAGCUGGAGGACCCAACACCGCCCGAAGAGCUCGAGAGCAAUCUGUUCACUGUGGUCAGACCGCUGGGCGAAAGGUUUCCCAACGGCUUCGAAGCAGAAGCCAAAGCUGGGCGGACGCGCAUCAUGGCCGUCAAGUACGAACGGAUGCUCUUGAACCAAUUGCUGGCUCAAAUUCACCUGCAGGACCCGGACAUUAUCGUAUCUCACGAAUUUUCUGGCGUCUUUCUAGACGUCCUCCUCAAGCGCAUCGCAGAGCUCAAGGCGGACCACUGGUCCCGCAUCGGCCGGUUCAGAAAAGCACGCAUGCCCACCAUUCGUGCAGGAUACAAGCUGGCUUUGGUAGCUGGAAGAUUGGUGUGCGACCUGGCCAGCGAAACCGCCAAAGGCAUCAUCCCCUCCGUCACUUGGUCCUUGACCGAGAUGUGCGCCACCCAUCUGAAGACGCAAAGGGAGGAUGUGGAUCCGGACGAGACGGCUGCUUUCUUCGAUUCGUUGGCACCGUCACCUGCUCGACUGCUCACUUUUGUGAGACAUUGCGAGGUGGACGCCUUCCUGCAGAUGGCGCUCGCUUGCAAGGUGCAGAUCCUGGCGCUCACAAAGCAGCUCACUAACCUGGCUGGUAAUUCUUGGGCCAGGUGUCUCAAUGGAGGUCGCGCAGAGCGCAACGACUACAUUUUGCUGCACGACUUUCAUCGGCACAAGUACAUCUGUCCGGAUAAGCCUGCGUUUUCGUCCAGCUGGGAGAAGAAAAAAGCUGCGGCGAAGGCCGAUCAUGACGGGGCGGCUGGAGAGGGCGAGGAGGAGGCGAAUGCUGGCAAAGUCGCCUCGAAGCAGCAAAAGUUCAAGGGAGGUCUGGUCUUUGAGCCCAAGCGGGGUUUGUACGACAAGUACAUUCUGGUCAUGGACUUCAACUCUCUGUACCCUUCCAUCAUCCAAGAGUACAACAUCGACUUUACGACGGUCGAUCGGGCUGCCUGCAAUGCGAACCUGGCGGAUGUGGACCAGUUGCCCGAGCUGCCUUCCUCAGACGUGGCUCAGGGCGUUCUUCCUCGGCUCAUCGCGACUCUCGUUGCUCGUCGGCGUGGGGUCAAGAGUCUCAUGAAAGACACUCGCGCAAGCCCAGCCCAACAGCUUCAGUGGAAUAUCAAGCAACUGGCUCUCAAGCUCACGGCCAACUCGAUGUACGGCUGUCUCGGCUUCGACAUGAGCCGAUUCUACGCUCGGCCGUUGGCUGCUUUGACCACUUUCAAAGGUCGAGAGGUGCUGAUGGCGACCAAGGAGCUGGCAGAGUCUCUAUCCCUAGACGUCAUCUACGGAGACACUGACUCGGUCAUGAUCAACACGAACGCGACGGAUCUGGCACAAGCUAUGCGUAUCGGUGCAGAGUUUAGGAAAAAGGUCAAUGAGAGGUACCGUCUGCUCGAGAUCGACAUUGAUGGCGUCUUUCAGCGCAUGCUGCUCGUUCAGAAGAAAAAGUAUGCCGCUAUCAAGGUGGAGGAUAAUGGUGCCAAGACGAGCACGGAGGUCAAGGGGCUGGAUCAGAAGCGGAGAGAGUACUGCGCACUCGCAAAAAAUGUUUCCAAGUGAGUGUGGAGAAGCCGGCUGUUGGAUAUGUUUGGUGGGCUGACAUCCUCUCGCCUCGUCUUGCAGCUACGUCCUGGAGCAAAUUCUGUCGGGCGAGGCAACCGAGACGGUCGUUGCCAAGAUCCAUGAAUACCUCUGCCAGAUUGGAGAUGAGGUACGCGAAUCCAAGAUAGAUCUGGAAGACUAUAUCAUCUACAAGCAACUAGGCAAGAAUCCCUCCGAGUACAAUCCUAGCGUUGCCCUGCCUCACGUCAAGGUUGCGUUGCGAGCAAUCGAAAAGGGUGAGAGCGCACGUGCAGGAGACGUCAUUCCCUACGUGUUCUGUCUCGGGGAAGACGGGUCGAGCGCGUCCAAAUCUGCGCAAGCCGAUCGAGCUUUUAGUCCCAACGAUCUCAGAAGGCAAGGCUCGACGCUAAAGAUCGACUUUGAGCACUACUUGGCUCUCCAGCUAUUGCCGCCAAUCGAAAGGCUGUGCGAGAAUAUUGAAGGCACAGAUCGAAUGCGUCUAGCAGAGUGCCUUGGUCUCGAUGCCUCUCGCUACGCCUCGCACACCACCUCUGCUGCUGAGAGCGGAGCAGGCAGGGAAUUUAGCACCCUGGACAGCCAAGUUCCAGACGAAGUCAAGUUUGCCUCUUGCGAAGCGCUCCGAUUCAAGUGCUCCAGUUGCGGUCAACAUUCUACCUUUGAAGGCUUGAUGGCUUGCAACGGCAUGCUGCAACGCACGGGCAUCGCGUGCACGCACGAAAGCUGCUGCGCACCCUUUGGCCUGGCAAGCCUGGCUAUACAGUUGGAGCAACAGAUCAGGCAGUACAUUGCGCGCUUCUACGAGGGUUGGAGCGUCUGCACCGAACCGACUUGCGGCGCCGUCACUCGAUUGGCUGGAGUGUAUGCGCGAAGAUGUUUAGUGUCGGGAUGUCGUGGCAAGACGGAGCUGAGGUACAGCGAUAAGGCGCUAUACACUCAGCUGUGCUUCUUGUCCUCCUUGUUCGAUGCGGACAGGUGUCGCGAAAACUCCAAAGGUCGUGCAAAUCAUGCCGAUGUCGUCGCUUGCUCCACGGUCAGUGCCAAGCAGCUCGCGCAUCUAUACAGCAUCGUCGACAAGUACCUCCAGCGGUCGGGCAGGCGCUUUGUUGGCUUGGAGAAGCUCUUCCGCUCUCUGUAUGUCCGCAGCUCGUGA